CAUAAGAAAAGUUUUAUAGUGAUUUUUAAAAAAUAAGUUUAAGUAGUUAAAAGCGAUGUUUAAGAGUCGCGGUGAAGGAAAUGUUGUUUAUAAGUGUUCCAUUCGGUUACUCGACGAUUCUUUUUUGGAGUUGGAGUUUCAGCCUCAUCAUAAAGGACUUUUCUUAUUGGAAUUAAUCUGCGAGCAGUUGGAUGUGUCAGAAAAAGAUUAUUUUGGAAUUAAAUUCGUUGAUAAUCUCAAACAACGGCAUUGGCUUGAUUUAUCAAAGAACAUAAUUAAACAAGUGAAAGAUGUCGAUCCUCUGGUUCUGUCGUUCCGUUUUCAUUUCUAUCCAGCUGAUCCAACACGUCUUAGCUUCAACGGAAAAUGCAUGUUGUUUCAGCAAUUGAAAAGGGACCUGAUACAUGGACGUCUUUACUGUUCUGCUAAUGAAAGUGCUGCGCUUGGUGCAUUGAUUGUUCAAGAUGAGCUUGGCGAUUUUGAUAGAGAAGUUCACACAGAAAAUUAUGUGACAACCUUGAAGUUCGCCCUUCGUCAAUCGCUUGAACUGGAAAAGAAAGUUAUUGAGCUACACAGAAAACGAGAACCAGGUCAAGACAUCGUCAACGUGUACGAUGAAUUUAUUUUGAUUGCACGCAGUCUUGAAACAUAUGGCAUCGAUCCACAUCCAGUGAAAGAUUAUCGUGGCAGUCAACUUUAUGUCGGAAUAAAUUUCUCAGGUGUCAGUACAUUGUCGGUUGGCAAACGGAUCCAACAUUUUCGAUGGCCCGAAAUAUCAAAAAUCAAUUUUGAAGGGAAAAUGUUUAUCAUACACUUAACAUACACGGUCGACCGGGAAGUGAAAAAGCAUACAGUUGGAUUCAAGUGUCCAUCGAGCAUGACAUGUCGCUAUGUCUGGAGAUGUGCCAUCGAGCAAAUGUUGUUUUUCACUUUGCCGAAUGGUCAAAAUGCUUCGGUUGUGACGGGCGGCGGUUUCUUUUCCCACUCGAAAUUCCGUUAUGUUGGACGAACCGAACGUGAGAUUUUAUCAGAAAGUCUUCAAUCAUUACGACAACAAAGUUCCGAAACUUCAAGUCCAACAAAGCGAAAAGCAAGCAGCGUGCCAGCGACACCAUCGAGUCCACAGGAUCUGAUAGAUCUUCGCUACAAUAGUCUUCCUAGAUCGACAUUAUCAGAACCCAUGGGUCAAUUUACCGAUCAAGCCUCAAUGUUCAUUCAUGAAAAUGGAAUUCCACUUCUUGAGACAGUGUCCGAAGAGAAUCGUCGUCACCUCGAAACAGGUGAACAUGUUGACGGAUAUUAUCGUGAGUCAUAUGAUCCUGAAAUGACUGACAUGGAUGGUCUCAAUACAACACAAGCAACUUUUAUCGGUGAUGGAAUUAUUCCCCUUCAAACAUCAGCAAUAAAUAAUGAUAAUGAAAGGAAUUCCAAUGGAAAUAAUAAUGGGAAAUACACAAAAAAGUUUUCACUUCUUCACACAUUUAUACCAUCGUUUAUCUUUGUAAUUCUGGCAAUGACCAUUUCCGCUGUCCUGAUAUUGGAAACUGAUUCAGAAUUUUUUGCGCCAAUCCGUAAUUGGCCAGAAAUGAACAGCUUACGUUUUCAGUAUUAUCAACCACUUAAGGACUUCCUCGCCAGCAAGAUGGAAAAUAUUUUCUGAUUUGUUAAAGAGUGACAUUAAUCUUAAGAGUUUAAUUUAUGGUGAUGGAAAAUUUCUUUGAUUAUUCUUUUUUUUUAUGUAAUGUUUGAUGAUCUAAAAAAGCUUUGAGAGAUUUAUUUAAUUUAUUUCUUUUUCAUAACAUUUAUUUGUUUUUGUGUAUUUAGAAACGUUUAAGAUUUUGAUAUGAGUACAAUGGCUAUUAGAAUUAAUUAAAUAGGAAAAGAUUUAAUCUUAAGAUAAAGACAAAGCCAGAAGAAUUAUGAAAGCAACAUACUGUACUAUAACGACUUUUUAAAAUUUGAAAAGAAUUCAAAUUUUUUUUGACUGUUAAAUUUUGUUCACUCUUUUAUCAUCUUCACAAAAUGAUAAUCAUCAUAAAGAAAAGCUUCUGUAGAAACGGGACCAGCAAUAAUCGCUAGCGUGGGAAGGUCGUCAAAGCUUAAAUUACAGCUUUUAAAAUAGAAACAGCUUCUAAAAUCACAAAGCGCGCCACUCAUUUAACAUUUACACAUAAAACAAUGAAACUUUUUAUAGCCAAAACAUAAUUUUUUGACAACAUUAAUAAUUCUUGAUAUGAAAAUAAAUAUUUAAUUUAUUAAAUAUUCCCUCGAUUAAUUUUCGAGCUUGUUUACAAAAGAAAUAUAUGUAGAAAGAUUUUUUAUCAAUCAAGGAAAGCUUCUUCCUCUAGGAUUAGAAAAACUAAAAUAUAGAAAAAGUCGAAUUAAUAAAUUGUAUCAAUGUUGUGUCAGAAACCAAUUCUAAAAAGCGAUUUUUCAUUUUAAUAGAAAAGAAUAAAAAAAUAUCAAGAAGAUAUGAAAAUCUGCAA